UAUACGUGAGUCCGUUAUCCAACCAGCCAGCCAGCGAGCCAAACCCAGCCGAACCACACCGAGCCAAGCCGAUCCGAGCAUUUAGCCCUGCCACUCCACACAGAGGCAGCAGAGGAGGAACGAUGACCUGGUAGCGCAUCUUUACGCACCCGACCCGCCGUCAGUCCCUUAUAAACACACAUUCUGCCUCUCCGGCUUUAAUUCUCACGCCGAGACCAUGGAGACGGCAGUUACCAGGACCAAUAUUUUCAUCUCACUGCUGCUCCUUUUCAGCCAAAUAGUUGUAGCAACAGAGCCGCUGGUCAGAGGCCUGAGGAAACUCCCUGAAGAUAUUGAGUGGUCAUACUCAGGUACCCUGAACCAGCGCAUCUGGGGUAAGAAGUACCCGUCCUGUAACAGCGCCAGGCAGUCUCCUGUGGACAUCGACGAGAUGUUUACCCAAGUAAGGCUGCAGUACCAGAAUCUACAGCUCGAAGGCUGGGACAUACUAACGGCAGAGUCCAGCACCAUCCACAACAACGGGAAGACUGUGGCCAUCAGUGUGGAGGGAGAGUUUUUUGUGAGUGGAGGAGGGCUGAGCUCCAGAUUCCGUGUUGGUAGAAUCACCUUUCACUGGGGCCGCUGCAAUGCAACAUCAGAUGGGUCUGAGCACAGCCUGAAUGCGAUGAAAUACCCUCUGGAGAUGCAGAUCUAUUGUUAUGAUCCAGACGACUUCCAUAGUCUGGAUGAUGCUAUUAGGGAAGGAGGGAGGAUCGCUGCCUUGGCUGUGCUAUUUGAGGUCAGCUUGGAAGACAACGAGAACUUGAGUCCUGUUAUAGAGGCCAUCAACACUGUCAGCAGGUUUGGUAAGAGCGGGUCGAUGGAAGCUUUCAACUUGCGGUCCUUGCUGCCUAAUAACACAGAUAAAUAUUACAUCUAUAAUGGCUCACUAACUGCACCUCCCUGCUCUGAAAUGGUGGAAUGGAUCGUCUUUAAACAUACUGUGGCCAUAUCAGAAACACAGUUGGAGAUGUUUUGUGAGGUGAUGACGAUGGAGCAGGCUGGAUACGUGAUGCUGACGGAUUACCUGCAGAACAACUAGGAGCAGCAGCAGCAGUUCAUGGGUCAGGUGUUUGCCUCGUAUACCGGAGUGGAAGACGUGCUCACGCCCACCUGCAGCUCGGAGCCAGAGAACGUUCAGGCUGAGGCCCAGAACGACACAACCAUCGUGGUGACGUGGGAGCGCCCCCGCGUGGUUUACGACACAACCAUCGACUGGUACACCGUCACCUACCAGAGGCUGCAGGGCCGAGACCAGAGCAAGCAGGAGUACAGGACAGACGGGGACCAGGAUGUGGGUGCCAUCAUCUCCAGCCUGCUGGCCAACAGCAGCUAUGUGGUUCAGGUGGUUGCUGUUUGCACCAAUGGCCUCAGAGGACGAUGGAGCGACCAGAUUAUAGUAGACAUGCCGUUAGAAGACCCUGAAAGUGAUUCAGAUCCUGACGCUGUCACUAAAGAUUUAGAAGACAACAGGGAGGUACGACGGUCUGCGAAUCUGUGCCAGAUGGAAGAGCCAGAGAACCAGAAUCAGGUGGAUUUGUCUCCAGAGGACCACAGCCCCGUGGAGGAGAUCCCAGUGGAGCAGACCAGGGUCUACCAGAACCAUCCCCGAGACCAAACCCAAGAAAACCAGAACCUCCUGGUCCAGGUCAGCACCCGUUCAAGCCCGAAAACUCCCUCUGAGUCUGCCGUUCUACAGAAAACUCAACUCAACCAGAAUGCCAAAAGGAAACCGGGCCGGAACAGGUCUAAAGCUGAAAUGGAUCAGAACUGGAUUGACGAGGACCGGAGGAUGCGAACAGACCGACCAUUCACUAAAGCAGGCUUUGAUGGCAAUGGUGCAAUAUGGGUAACCGAGGUAACUGAGCGGCCGGGCUUCCUGUUUCCAGUUGCUCGGACAACUACCCUGCCGACAAUCCGCCGACAAAUCACAGAAGAAGCCUCGUUGUCAGUGUUGCCAAAUCAGUUAAAGAAUCAUGGUCCACCAGACCAAGCUGGUGAAAGUGGCCUCCCUUCUCCCCAGUCAGACCUCUACAGCCCUCCUGUGGAGGACAUCCAAGUUACAGACAUCUUCUAUGAAGACACAGUCUACAACUCUCCACUAGAAACCACCACCUCUGCUGAAACAGUCUCUGCUGCUGCGUUGCCAGGUGAUAAAGUGGACUCUGUCCCCCUGCUGUCCUCUGAAGACAGAGAUGCCCCUGACAACAAACCUCUACCAGAAACGAUUGCCUCAGUUUCGUCCACCCCAUCCCCUCUUUGGAUCACAGCAAGGGCGGCAACCGCCAGUAACACACUCGCUGAGUCAGUCUACAAGUCAUUGACCACCUCCUCUCUUCUCAUGGUACUGAUGCAUACAACCCAGCCCAUGUUUAACGAAGGCAGCAACAGCAGCCACGAGUCUCGGGUCGGGCUGGUCGGAGGUGUGGAGAGGGAGAAGAGGACAGUUGUUCCGCUGGCUGUUGUCUCCACUCUCACCAUCCUCUGUCUGCUGGUUCUAGUGGGCAUACUCAUCUACUGGAGAAACUGUUUCCAGGUGGCAAAUUUCUACCCAGAUGACAGUGCAUCACCUAAAGUCAUAUCUGCUCCAUCUACACCCUUGCUGCUGGCUUCAGACGGUCACGAGCCACUAACAGUGAAGCAGUUUGUGAGGCACGUCAUGGAGCUGCACACCACCAACACCUUCUCCAAGGAGUUUGAGAUUGUCAAAGAAUCCUAUGAGGAGGUGCAGGCGUGCACAGUGGACAUGGGCAUCACUACCGACAGCUCCAAUCACCCAGACAACAAAAGCAAGAACAGAUACAUCAACAUAUUGGCCUACGACCACAGUAGAGUCAAGCUCUCCAGCAGUUUGGACAGAGAUGGGAAAUGUGGGGACUACAUCAAUGCCAACUUUGUGGAUGGUUAUGAGAGAACAAGGGCUUAUAUCGCAGCUCAAGGGCCUCUCAGAGCGGGCAGGGAAGACUUCUGGAGGAUGAUCUGGCAGCAGAAUGUUGGAGUUAUUGUCAUGAUCACCAACCUCAAGGAGAAAGGACGGACAAAAUGUGACCAGUACUGGCCAGAGGAGAACCAGGAGGAAUACGGUCCAUACCAGGUGACCCUGAAAAGUAGCAAGACCCUCGCUUACUACACACUGCGGACGUUCACUGUCAGAGAUACCACAUAUAAGACAUCUCAGAGGAAGGUUGAACACACAGUCCUCCAUUACCACUACACCCAGUGGCCAGACAUGGGCGUCCCAGAAUACACUCUGCCUGUCCUGUCCUUCAUCAGAGCAUCCUCCCGGGCACGGACACAGGAGAUGGGACCUGUACUGGUACACUGCAGGUAGACUCUGUGUUGCCGGGUAGGAAGAACAGGAACCUACAUAGUGAUAGACAGCAUGCUGCAGCAGAUCCAGGAUCAGGGGACGGUGAACGUUCUUGGUUUCCUAAAACAUGUCCGGACGCAGAGGAACUUCCUGGUUCAGACGGAGGAGCAGUACGUGUUUAUCCAUGAUGCUCUGGUGGAGGCCAUUUUGAGCCGCGACACCUCGGUGACAUCGGACCUCCUCCACACUUACGUGUCUGACCUCCUGACCCCCGGGGCGUCAGGCAGGACACGCAUGGACAAACAGUUCAAGUUGAUCAGCCAGCGCCAGGCGAAGCACGCAGACUACAGCACUGCCCUGAGAGACGGCAAUGCUGAGAGGAACAGAGCCAGAGCUCUGAUGCCUGUGGAAAGAUCAAGAGUCUGUCUGACCGCUUCAGAAACAAAUGUCACAGGGUACAUCAAUGCCUCCUACGUCAUGGGAUAUCACCACAGUAAGGAGUUUAUAGUGAGCCAGACUCCUCUGAGCAGCACGGUGGCAGAUUUCUGGAGAAUGAUCUGGGAACACAACACACACACUGUAGUCCGUCUGCCAGACACACACUUUCAGAGUGAAGAGGGGGAGUCUUAUGUUUACUGGCCCAGUAAAGACCAGCCAAUGAGCUUUGAGGGGUUCACUGUCUCGUACUCGGGGGAGGAGCAUGUCUGUCUUUCCAAUGACGAGAGACUUUUAGUGCAGGACUUCACAUUGGAGUCUCCACUGAACAAUUAUGUUUUGGAGGUGUGUCAGUACAGCGCCACCUGCUGGCCCAACCCAGACAGUCCCAUCAGGAACAGUUUUGAUCUGGUCAACACAGUCAGAGAGCACAGCAGACAUUCAGAUGGACCUACAGUCAUACAUGAUCCGUUGGGAGGCGCUACAUCAGGGCUCUUCUGUGCCCUUACCACGCUUUCCAGUCUGCUAGAGGAGGAGGGAGCUGUAGACGUCUACCAGGUGGCACGAAUGACUAACCUCAUGAGGCCUGGUGUUUUUAAUGAUAUAGAGCAGUACCAGUAUCUGUACCGCGCUGUGCUGAGUCUGGUGAGCAGCCAGGAAGACCAGAGAGCCCUGCAGAGUCCAGAAACCAAUGGAUCUGUACCACUGGGACAAACUAACAUCGCUGAGAGCCUGGAGUCACUCAUGUAGACACACACACACACACACACACACACACACACACACACACACACACACACACACACACACCAGUGUAGACUGAGGUUCUGCCCAUCAUGUGAUGAGAGGAUGAACACAAUCAUUUCUGUGUCUGUGGUUCAUAGCUGCGUCCACUGUGCAUGCUAAUGCUUUAAGGUACACUAUGCUCAACAAUCAUUAUUCAAAUUACAGAAAUAAAACCCAAGAACACAGUAUAGUCCAGUAAAACGUCAAGUAAUCCAAAACAGCACUUUAGCUGUCUGAUACACAGUGACUACACCUGAAGGCUUUUUGCCAUUCACAGGUUGCUGUUUUUUUAUUAAAAAACAGGUGGCCACUAAACAGGACUGGCAGGUUUAGACAAGCCAUUUAAAUAACCUUGAUGUUUCAUACUGUCAGUGUUAGCAUGCGCAGCAGGCUAAGCUGCAAAAUCUGCUGGACACAGAGCGUUUUUCAUUUCAUGUAAAGUAACCAAACAUCUAUGAUAUGACUCAUCCUUUGAAAGAGAAAAGGCAACACUUUUUAAAAAGGAGUCCUAUUUUGGGGGUAACUAAUGGCUGUAUUAAUGGCUAAUAAAUCAUUUGCAAAUACUUUAUAGAUCAGUUAUAAUUCUUUAAAUAAACUAUGUUUGUGUUGCCAGGUUGCAGUUAUUUCUGGAAAAGGACUGCAGAAGAAAUGGAUCAAUAUCCAUUUAGUAACAUCGUAUUAAAAACUGCAGACUUGCUGAUUAAACCCUUUGUUAAUGGCUUGUUAACGUUUUAACUACAUACUUUAUUAGAAAGUGACUGUUUUUACAGUGUAGAAAGAACAAACACCAGCCAAUUGCAUUUUUUGGCAACCCAAUAACGGAUCUAUAAAGCAUUAGUAAAUAAUGUAUUACCCAUUAAUAAAGUCAUUAUUUACAAUUGAGAAGUCAUUUUAUAACCAUUUCUCUGCUUUUCCAACAAGAACCUGCAAACCUUCCAGCUGUGUAUCUGUUGCUGGUCAGCCUGGAGCCUAAUGCAGCAGACAGCCAGUAACCUUUUGUUGGCUUUCACUAAAAACUGAAUGAAAUAAACAAAUAAAAUUUAAAAAAAAACAUCAAAAAAGAAGUUCUACCUAAAAUGUAAUUGGAAAUAUUGAGAAAUUGGAAAAAUAAGAUUUUUCAAUGUGAUAGAAGGAGUGAGCUAUUUGAUUCCAAUAACACAUCUACCUUAAAUUCAUAACUUGUCUAUUUCUUUCUUUAACAUUUCUUUCUCUUAUUUGUCGCUUCUUUCAUUUGACCCUUUUUAUUGUUACUUUUUGCUUUUUUUCAUUGCUCAUGUAAAACACCUUUCCUCAAAAAAAUUUAAAUAACUAUCAAUAAAAUGUUAAACUGGCGAAACAAACAAAAUUAAAGCAAGAUUUAUGAAAAAUACAGUUGAAAGUAGAAGUAGCUUUCAAUGUUAAAAAAAGGGGAAAUGAUGCAGGAAAAGACAUUACCCUAAACCCUUGUUUUUCCUACCUAAUAUUUUAUGCACUGCACAUUAACCAGCAGAUUGUGGGGCUCAAACUACCGUGUAUCCUUAUCUAGAGUAAUGUUUUGAAUAACCAAAAUCUCUUAAGGCUUCACUAGUGACAGUAAAAUGACUGCGGGUGUUUACUGCUGUUGAAUGUCUCUGUUCAUGUCCUGUCUGACAUCAUGGUCUCUGGUACCUUGUGCCUUUUGUAAUUCAUGUUAUUGUACUUUAAACCGCUUUUGAUACAACAACUGUGUGACUAAUAUGCCAAAAUAAUGACCUGUGACUUUUUUGCAUCUUCGCUCGUUACUUUGGUGUGUAAAAUCCGAGAGGAGAGGGGAAAAAUGGCAUUGGGCUCAGAUGUAAAAGAUGUAAUCUAGGAUUUAAAAUGAUAUUCCACACAAACACACGCGUGACAGGUGGCUGUAAAAAGUUUGAAUCUGUGUGAGUUAACAAUGGACUCCAAUGAUAACGUGUCUUCAGAAUAUAGAAAAACAUAUAUCAAAACAUCUCUAACCACUCCUGCGACAGAAUAAUCAAUCACUAUAAUCAGCUGUAAGAAAAUCAUGACAUCAUUCAGCUGAGACAGUGGUCACAUUGUUUAGACAAUGACACAAAUUGGUGGACUUCUGUUAAACCUUACUGGCACGGACUGAAAAUGAGAGCUGAGACUGUGGAUCCACGCAGGUCUUCUGCCUCCCUGUGCCACUUGCUGUGACUGUUUUUAUUUUUGAGGGAGGGCGUCAGACACGAUCAAUCAACCUCUCAAUCACUUGUAACAUUGCAGCUUCUGUCUGUGCCACUGUUCCACUUUGUGCCAUUUGUUUAGCUCACGUGGGGAUGCAAAAUGGCACAAAUCGUUUAGAGGCUCCUGCAACUGAACCAGACAGUGAUUUGAACCAGAUCUAACUGUAAUGUGUCUUUCUGUUUAAAUAUCCCUGAAUACAUCAAAAGGCCAAAUUACUGUAUGUUUAUACUGUACCUCUAUAUAUUUUCUAUUUUACUAUAAGAAAAAAAGUGAUUUUCUAGUCAUUUACACAUAUAUAACUGUGUGGAUUCUAUUUGAUAAUUUUAGCCUGGAAAUAUUGAUCAUGUUUAUAGUUUUAAUGGAAUGUUAUCUCUUUUUAUCUUUAUGAUUACAGUAGCAUCUUAAUGUCUAUACCCGUUUCUCCAGCCAUAAACUGGUGCAGUCUGUAUAUAGCAACAUGUUGAAGCAACAUGAUUUAAGAUUUUUUUCAAACCUUGUGUAUGAUUUAAAUAAUUAAAAUAAAAUGUUCUACUC